CUGCCGAAGCUGAUGACGACGACAGUGAUAACCCGGAAGUGAAGGGAGCAGCUCUGACCUCUGCGUUGUGUACGUACUACGUAGAGUGGAAGAAUGAACAGAGGAUGCGAUUGUUCUGCUCUGCCGUCGACACCACUGAACACUUGGCUCGUCUCAACCAGUUCACAACGAGAGUAAAGAGCAGUGGAGGCGUUCCAGUAACGGAAUGUCGUUGCAAACAGAAACGACAGAGGCUCGUUCGAUGAGUUUUGUCACGCAGACGUCGGGCGACGCUAAACGGAGAACCGACUGAUCGCAACUGGCUAAUGUCUGUGGGUGUGUUGUUUGACAGCUUCUGUUUAACUGCGUCUUGGCUCGCACUCCAGGUGUAAAGCAGCACGGUAACGUUUCGGCAGCGGAGACAGCCACGUCAGCUUUAUUCUAUCACCCUGUCAAGGUGCACCCUCGCUACUUCUGUGCUCUUCGGUUCUAUUUUCUGUCUAAAAAAACUCACAAACUAGUCAGUCUUCUCGACGUCAUGGCACCGAUGGGAAUUCGGCUGUCACCGCUCGGGGUGGCGGUGUUCUGCCUUCUUGGAGUCAGUGUCCUCUACCACCUGUAUGCUGGGGUCAUCUCCAACCGCAUUGCUUCUUUCAGACUGAAGAGAAAGGUGGAUCUGAGGGACCUGCUGGCUGUCUCUGUGGAAGCUGCAGUACUAGGAGGCAAAGAGGUGAAGAAGGUGCGUGAUGAAAACGGACUGAAGGAGAAAACAAAGGGAAAGACAAAGGAGGGAGCCAAUGAGCUUCUGACAAUGGGCGACCUGCAGUCUCAUAGAAAGAUGUUUAAUCUACUAAGGAACACGUUCCCUGAUGUCACGGUGUUCAGUGAGGAACAUGACAACAUGGUGGAUAAAGAAAUAGCCUGGAGCCGCGACAUUCCAGCUGACAUACUGGACAAGAUUGAGGGAGGCAAGGACAUUUCUCCUGAGAGCAUCACUGUGUGGAUUGACCCUCUGGAUGCAACACAAGAAUACACAGAGAACCUGGUGCAGUAUGUGACCACUAUGGUGUGUGUGGCUGUAGGUGGUAAACCACUGAUUGGGGUCAUACACCAGCCAUUCACUGGAUUCACUGCCUGGGCGUUUGUAGGUCAGGCAUCAAAUAUGCGGGCCCGGUCUUCCUACAGCGUCAACCCUGCAAAAGUGAUUGUAUCACGUUCCCAUGCUGGAGAAGUUAAAACUUAUAUCCGGGAGGCUCUUGGAAACAACACAAAAAUCAUAGCAGCAGGUGGAGCAGGAUAUAAGGUACUGUCACUUUUGGAGAUGCCUUCAACCGAUGCAGACUCUGUGGAGCAGGCAGAUGUUUACGUCCACACCACCUAUAUUAAGAAAUGGGACAUCUGCGCUGGUGCAGCACUACUGAACGCAAUGGGAGGCCACAUGACGACUCUAAAGGGAGAGGACAUUGACUACAGUGGAACACCCGUCAACAAAGGAGGACUGGUGGCCACCGUGGGUUUGGAUCAUAAGGCCUUACUGGAGAGACUGCCAACCAAGGACCUCACCAAGCAAUGAAAGACACAAACACAGAGCCAUUGGGGAGUUUGAUGUGGUUGUGGCAAGGGUGGCGUGUGCCAGCUUUUUUCUGUAACUGACAGUGGGCUGUAAAUAAUCAGACCUGCACGGGUUCAUCAUCGUGGGACACCAAACAUCUGUCAUCCUGAUCGGUAGGAGUCAUUAUCACCUGCAUAGGCCUCUGAGCAGGACUGUGGAUCCAACACAGCUGCCACUGAAAACUGCAAUGACUGGCACAAUGGCUCUGAAUACACACUCCGAUACACGCGUACACAUUUUGCAGCUUGGACAAACGGUACAUCUUCCUCUUCUCUGGCAUUCACACUAAUGGUCGUAGCAAACUCUGGACAACAGCGGCCUUCACUGUCGGAGGACAGGAUCAUGGCCAUAAUGUGAAAUAUUAAACCAAGAAGCACAAUGCUGAACUCAGUAGUGAACCAUCCUUAGUCUCCCAUUUCUUAUAUGAUAUGAAACAAAAGAAUCAGUGACACCGAGUGUUGCAGAGAGGCAUGGUAGCAGAAACGUCAAGAUGACUUCAUCUCAGUUCAUCAGUAGACCAUCCAUCUUUAUUUGAGACUGUGUAGAAAGUCUCCAGGGCUUAAAUUAUCACUGCAAUAUAAGUUACUAGCCACCUGAUCGCAUCGCAUCAUCAGACCAACUCUUCACCAACACACCAACUCAUUCAGGGGAUUUCAGCUUUGGACUGAUAAUGACUACUGUCUCUAAGUAGAGUAAACUUCUGUUCUUGCCUGUUGACCUUUCUGACACCUGAGAUGUGGACGUGUCAAACUGUGGGUUGGACCUAGCUCUUCUAUUUUAAAGAACGUUGCAUUCAUUUUAUUUCACUUCAAAAUUAAGUGAGUACUGUUUUCAUCAAACAGGGAAAUAUUUCGCCCCCAUCUUUUCAAAGCAUCCUGUGACUAUGUUCCUUAGCACUGAGUAAAUCUCCUUACUGGUGUUACAUUACAGUGAAAAGUCACAGUGAUUGAAAUCAUAAGCAGGUUUCCAGCCUGGGACUUUACAGCGUCACCUCCUUUCCAGUACAAAUGUGGUGGUUGCCCAUGUGGGAUGGAUUUUUGGGUUUCUUUGUGAUUUAAGAGCAGGGAAUGACUUCAGGUUAUUGUGGUACCAGACUCCAGACUGAACGACAGGGUGGUCUCACCUCUUCUGAGAUCAGUGAAUGAAUCCUAUAUGUACAGUCUCAUUCAUCAUUUUAAAACCCGUUAGAAAAGAAAACAAACAUUUGUGUUUCAGUGGAGACGUGUCACCUGGAUUACAAAAAGAUGAAUAUUCCCAAGGAUUUGUAUUUGACAAAUCUGGAAUUAAAAUAACCUCCUCCCCAUUCCCAAAGCAUUUCUGCUCCUGAAUAAUGGUUUUCAUUCUCUUGGUGAGUUAAGUGAUGACACCCUGAUAGCAGUUCUGUUUGAACUAUAUGCAUGGUUUUCAACUUUGAUCAACAUUCGAUCCUCUAACACUGAAAACAUCUCGGUGAACCUUUACUCCUGUAGGUCUUUCUGUACUGUUUGCCAUAACUGUGCCAGCCUGCACUGACACCUCUAAAGUGAUACGGUGGAUUUUUCUGUUGCUGUCAAAUAAUGUUUGAUUGUGGGAAAAAUGCCAGUAAAAUACAAACUCAUGUCAGUGUCUUUAAGAAGAUACACUCCCAAGUGACCUGUUUACGUUCAGUUUAUCUCUGCCAUCUUUGUGCGACCUUUGACACUACUGUUAUGGAGAUUGUUAUUUGAUAAGGAUUGAGGACACACCAAAAGUUGCCUGUGUAGUUGUAGAAGAAGAACAGCUGUGUAACAGGUGUACGUGGAGAGGUUCACUGCUGAGAACGGAGCAGGAGACGGCUUUAAAGUAAUAUAUCAUUUAGAUCAGGUCACAAACUGAGUGAGUACAUAGAAAUCAUCAGCCCAUGAGACCAGAUGUUGGCAGAAACUGAACUGGAGCAAACAUUGUAUAAAAUACAGAUUCAGCAGUGAAAGUAUGUCAGAGUGCACUGUAAACAUAAAAUUACCAUAACAACUACAUGAUUUCCCACAGGCUGAGGACAUAGCUAAUGACUAAUGGAAGCUUUUAGCAGGUCUGGGUAGAGGGCUGUGGACAUUAAAAUGGAAACUGGCAUUAUGUCUCUAAGGGUGAGCUGUUACACUGGUACGUUUGGGCUUUUGUGUGCCAGGUUCUGUUUUAUGAGUGCCCUUCAUCUGCACAAAAAACUGUCAAAUGAGUUUGCCAUGGUGACAGUGUGUAUAUGCUAAGGGUACUUCUGCAAUAGUGAAAGCAUUGCAAUGAUGUGAACAUCACAUGAGCGGGUGCGGGAAUGUUUACACAUCCUUAUCCGUUGGUCUCUGCUGCUCGCAUUGUACAAAAUAAACUGUCAUGUCAGUUGGAGUAAAUGAUAAUGAUUAAAGGUGAACUCCAAAGAUUUUCCAGAUCAGUAAAGAGUGUAAGAGAGGGUUUCAUGAAGCUCUGCGUGGCUGCAGAGGGAACUGUGACAGCUGUGUUUCACCUGUGUCAGCUUCAGUUGAGGAUACCAAAGCUGUGAAAAGUGUGAAAAUGUGAAAAAUGUUGGUGUGUGGAAUUAGGCUUAGAAGCCAAUAUCUGCUCUCUGGAAUAGCCCUCCCAGAUCUCCAACCAAACUGCCACUCAGUCCUUGGACCUUGAGCAUUUAGCACAGUGCUGCCAAUACAGCCACCUCAGUAAAUCCCAAUGUCCAGCACCUGUCAGAAACUCCUGUUCUGGGUUUAGAUAGAGUAAGUGCAGUUAGCUAAUGCUAACCAAUAAUUUCAAUGAAUGAACACACUCCUCAGUCUAGAUCAACUCGAGAACAAAACUAAAACACAUUUUAACCAGUGUUUACGUGCUAUAGGCCCCUUUGUACCCAUCUUCUGCAUGGUUACGGUCCUUAGGGACAUCGUUAUAUCACUGCUCCUGCCAAUGAUUCAAGAGCCGGCUUAACUUGGUGGUGGUUUGGACGUGUAACUGAAAUUUGUAUUGAAAUAAAGCAAAACAUUUGACCUAAAUAAAUGAGAACUGACAGAUGCAAAUUGUAUUUUGUACAAAGUUAAGUGAAAACUACUUCAGUAACCAUUUUCAGUUAUGUCUUCUGUUCUUAAAGAAAAAUGUUAUUUCACUGUAAUAAUUAGGUAAUACUACACAGAGGUAAAACUAGUUAUGUGGUUAAAAUUACCACUCUACAGAAUCUGCCUCUAACUAGUGUGUAUGGACAGUAAGAACAGACUCAGGCUCUCAGUUUGGAGGUGAGAUGGCACAGGCUUCAGGGGGGAAAAGAAAGUGGACAGGAAAAUAACUUAUGUGCCAGGAUGGGUAAAUAAAAGGUGAGGUUGUUCUGUUGGAUUGUCAGGUUCUUGUUCAGCUACUGUGUGAGUCACUCAUCCUGCUUCUCCAAUAAAACAUCCUGUGCAUGAUUGUA